AUUACGAGACCAAUCGUAACCCUCGCGCGAGAUGCACGUCAUCGAGCAACAGUACAGGUUUAAUCGUUGGAUCCUCUUGAUAAGCGGCAUACUGCCGUGCGAGCGAUUGAUGCUCACGACAGUGCAGAAGUUGUUCAUAUCCAGCAUAUUCGCGAGCGCGAUUUACUUCCAGCUGAUCGUGUUCAUCACGCGUGAAUUCAGCGCGUUUCUGUUCAUCGAUUUUUUGACAUACAUAUUCCCGACCAGCGUGAUGGCGAUCAAGUACUACUACUUUUACCUUAACACGGAACUCGUGAUACGGUUAUUGGAAACUAUUCGAGCCGAUUGGAAUUCGUUGAAAGAUAAGCGCGAACGCGAGAUAAUAGAAACAUACGCCGAAGAAGUGAAGCUUCUCACUAUAGCUUUGAUGCUAUUUUGCUGCGGCAUAGUGGUUAUAUAUAUCAUGUUGCCAACAAUAUCUUAUAUGCUUAAUAUUUACUUGUCGCACAACAAUACUUUCGCGUCCUAUGUGUACAUCCCGUUGGAUUACCCCAUUGAUGUGGAGAAAUACUUUUAUGUCAUAUUUAUCCACUUCGUCCUGCUGCAAAGCAUUGGGUCUAUAGGGAUUAUAGCUAUGGCCAUGCUCCUAUGGUUGUUCCUUAAACAUGCCUGUGGUUUAUUGAAAAUUGCCAGCUAUCGACUCGAACGCGCGAUGAACGUAAAGGACAUGCAACAGAUCUCGCCGUUAGUAAAGGAGAACAUUAUACGUGUGAAGGUGAUGCAAGCCGUAAAUAUCCAACAGAAAGCGCUAAAGUUUAUCUAUCAAGAGUUUGAGAGAUUGUUUCGAUUUCAAAGGUUCACAGAUAAUGUCAUGUCUAGUUUCGCGCUAUUGUAUUUUAUCCUAAUCAUAAUAGGCGCGGGUUCCGUAAGUGUCCAUCUAUUUCGAAUCGUGCAUACUCUCGAAACGACUUGCGACUGGCGCGAGCUCUUCGUGUUCAUAGUGGUACUGAUCGGACAUUUCUUGUACUUCUUCUUCGCGAAUUAUAUAGCACAAGAUGUCACGGAUCACUGCAACAAUAUAUUUCUCGCGGCAUACACCUCAAUGUGGUAUGUAGCCCCGCUUCGAGUUCAAAAAUUAAUAUUGUUCCUACUACAGCACGGCACGAAAAACUACACUAUCGUCCUUGGUGGCAUUUACAUCAGUUCACUCGAAGGUUUUACUACUAUAUUGAGUACAUCUUUAUCGUAUUUUAUGGUAAUUUAUUCCACGCAAAUAACUGAUGAAAAGAUACGGAAAUAAAUAUUUCCCCUUACCACAUACAGGAAUUUAUGAUUAAAAUUGGAAUGGCGUCAUUAUGGUUCACAAUUCUAAUUAUAUGGAAAUCAUAAGGUAUUUCGAUUUUAUAUUUAAUAUUGCCAAAACUAGCUUUUCCAGCCGCAAGUUCGGGCUUUGCGAAAUUUUUGACGCGACAAAGGAAAUAAAUCGAAAAAAUAUAUGGAAGAAGAAAAUAAAUUGUUCUUUUAAAUUUUCAGCACUUUUCAGUAACGACAGUAUAAAAAGUGGUCCAGCAAAUAAAAAAAUUAUUUCCAUAGUAGAACUGUGUUCUACUAUGCUGUUUGUCUGUUUGUUUUGUACAAAUAAAUGGUGUUAUAUCGAAACUCAUAUUUAUUACAAAAAUCUUUGUGCAUACAUAUACACAACUUCUGUCUGGAAUGAUUAAUAACGAUACUCAUAAUUUCGCAAUAAGCGCGCAUUGAGUUAGCGCUAUUUCAAAUGUGAAAAGAUCCAAGAUGUACAACGUACGACAAUUAAAAUAAUAACGGCGUUUAAUUUAAAAGAAGGUACAGUGCGACAAUCGCACCAACAAGAAAAUAUGCAAACGCGUGCUAUAUCGAUGCACAAAAUAACACGGCUAGAAAAUUAAUUUUAAUAAGUAUUAAUUGACGAUGAUUAUAAAACUAUUAUAAAAGAUGUGAAUAACAAGGAGCGUAAUGGGGGUCCAAUUUUCGCACGUACAUUAGUUACGUAAGCGAAUAUCAAAUUAUACGCCUCAUUUGCUCCCCGAAAAAAAAUGAUUCUUUAUCAUUCUGAACUUUAUCGGCCUGAACAAAUUUAAGGGCAGAGGUGUGUAAGAAAUAUUUUAUCGCGCAUCGUGUUUUUAAAGCUCAGGGAGGAGUUUCGUUGUUAAUACGUUGUUCGACGCUCGAGGAGAAAUAAUAUCGUCGUCCGUGGAUCGAUACUACGACAUUAACCGGAAACUUCCGACGACGUUGGGACUAUGGCCCUAUCCAGAGAUGAAGAUUCCAAAUUACCUAAGUUACUUUGUGCCUCGGCUUAUUCAUUUCUUUCGCAAAAAUUGAGAUAUAUCGUAUUAGAUUUGGUUUCCGGGUUUGAGCCGCGUGGAUUCAUCUUUGUUUGAUUCCGACGUUUCGCGAACAUUUCAGUCCACUUCAUCAGGGAGGAACGAUCCGAUGCUCGAUUCAGAUAUAUCAUGUUCAUUCUCUCUUGCAAUUUUGAUUUCACAAUUCGACAGUCGAGACUACGAGGCUCGCUAUGCACACUUUGGGAUGCCGGGAAUGCACGCUUUGAAGAAAAAGAUGAAACAAUCCUAUUUCACAUGUUUUAUCUACGGCCGAUACGACGUAGUCAACGAGAGUCCGCGUGAAUCGUAAUUUUCACGAAUAAAAUGAUUCUGUUGAAUAACAAUUAUAACAUAUAUUAUUUGACGUAAAUAAUUACGCGACGUAGCAUUUGUCAUUUAGACUGAGAAACACCUUUAAAUUUCUAACACGAAUUUAUCGUUUGCAGUUGAUAGCAUUUAAUGAAACUCGAUGUGAAUAUCGUUAUAAAAAUUCUUUUGCAGUUUUUGCCCGUUUCAACAUAUACCUCGAAAUACAACUCCUUUUUGUUGGACAAAACGCAAGUUAGUAAACCAAUCCUCAGGAUCGAACAAAAUGUAGUAAACGCAAAUACAGCACGCUCCAUAACAAUGUACUCGAUGUCAUUGAUUUCCAAUGCAGCCAUACGUAUUCACGGAUUAUUCGAAAGUGUAGAUAAAACACA